CUCACUUUUGACGGACGCGGAAGUGGAAUCACCAGCUAAAGUAAAAACACGAAAAAGCUCUGGAAUAAACGACUGUACGUAAAACGAUAUGAGUGACGAAUAUUAUCUAGAGCUCAGUGAAAACCCCGUGCAGUUUGAGAACGCAUCCAGCGUCAACAAUGUGUUUUUCGACGAGGCAAACAAACAGGUGUUUGCGGUACGGUCCGGCGGGGCCACAGGUGUUGUGGUUAAAGGGCCCGAUGACAAGAGCUCAGUGGCUUUCAGAAUGGAUGACAAAGGAGAGGUGAAGUGUAUCAAAUUCUCAUUGGGGAACAAAAUCUUAGCUGUGCAGCGCACCACAAAAUCUGUUGAUUUCAUGAACUUCAUUCCUGACUAUCCACACUUGGAAUUUUCCCAUGAGUGCAAGACAAAGAAUGCCAGUAUUCUCGGAUUUUGUUGGACCAACUGGAACGAGAUUGUGUUUGUUACUGAUCAGGGAAUAGAAUUUUAUCAGGUGCUGCCUGAUAAACGAACCCUGAAGCUCUUAAAGAGCCAGAGCAUCAAUGUGAACUGGUACAUGUAUUGCCCGGAGACGGCCGUUCUUCUCCUUUCCACCACUGUUCAGGGCAAUGUGCUGCAGCCUUUCGCUUUCAAGACUGCCACCAUGUCGAAGAUGUCCAAGUUUGAGAUCGAACUGCCAGCGGUUCCCAAACCGGCCAAACUCAGCCUUUCUGAACGUGACAUCGCCGUGGCUACGAUUUACGAUCAGCUCUAUGUGAUGUAUCUGAAGCAUCACUCCAGAACCACCAACAGUCCUGGAGCCGAGGUGGUCCUCUACCAUCUUCCUAGAGAAGGCACUUGUAGGAAGACCCAUGUGCUCAAACUAAACACCACGGGCAAGUUUGCUCUAAACGUGGUGGAUAAUUUAGUUGUGGUGCACCAUCAGAGCUCACAGACUUCACUAAUUUAUGAUAUAAAACUGAGGGAAUUAGAUGGUGCAUUAAAUGUGCAUCAGCCUGUGCUUCCUGCUCGAUCCAUCAAUCCCUACAAGAUCCUGCAUUCAGGACCUGCAGCCGCUCCAAGCCAGGCCCCGGUGCCCUGCGAACUUUACUCGUCUUCCUGGAGUGUUUUUCAGCCGGAUAUCAUCAUCAGUGCCAGUGAAGGAUAUUUGUGGUACCUCCAGGUGAAGCUCCAGCCUACGCUGAAUCUCCUGCAGGAUAAAGGCAAACUCAUGGACUUCCUGUUACGGAGACGAGACUGCAAAAUGGUCAUCCUGUCUGUAUGCUCGCAAAUGCUUACAGGAGGAGAUAAAGGGAACCUGUCCGUGGUGGCCACGGUGUUUGAUAAACUCAACCAAGUGUACAAAGAGUACCUGGAUGCAGAGCAGGCGUAUACUGCGGCUAUGGAAUCAGGACCCAGGGUUAUUUUUCGCUGCAGCACUUCCAAAGAUUAUAAAAGGCAGGGUCAAAGAAGGACUACAAUAGGCGGUGAUAGAUCAGUCAGACAUGUACCAAGCUUUUGACACUGGCUAGUACAUUUCUCUGUAGAAUUUCGUCUUGCAUUGUCUGACUUCACUGAGAAGAAGGGAGUGAAGCAUAAGUUCAUCAUUGCAGUUCUCAUGGAGUACAUUCGCUCUCUCAACCAGUUUCAGAUUCCCGUUCAGCAUUAUUUGUAUGAGCUAGUCAUCAAAACUCUGGUCCAGCACAACCUCUUCUACAUGCUCCACCAGUUUCUUCAGUAUCACGUCCUGAGCGACUCCAAACCGCUGGCCUGUCUGCUGCUGUCUCUGGAGAGCACUUAUCCACCUGCUCACCAGCUCUCUCUGGACAUGCUGAAGAGGCUCUCCACCGCCAAUGAUGAGAUCGUGGAGGUUCUUCUGUCUAAGCAGCAGGUUCUGGGCGCUCUGCGUUUCAUAAGAAGCGUCGGGGCCCACGAUAACGUCUCCGCCCGGAAGUUUCUGGACGCCGCGAGGCAAACAAACGACACCAUGCUGUUCUACACCAUCUUCCGCUUCUUCGAGCAGAGGAACACGCGGCUGCGCGGUAAUCCAGGUUUCAACCAAGGAGAGCACUGUGAGGAGCACGUGGCCUACUUUAAGCAAGUGUUUGGAGACAACGCUUUGAUGAAACAAGCCGCGGCAUGAAAGAUGACAGGAACACAGAAACAAGGGUUUGAACCCUAGAAAGUUCAACUACGUUACAAGAGACACUUUAUCGUCUUAUAUGCAUGUUUGCCAUAAACUACAGAUGGUUUCAGAAGGAUAAAGAUAAGUACUAAUAUAUUAAUAUCACCACAUUGCAAAAAACUAACCGGUCUGUACUGUAUGUGUGAAUGCCGAUCAUGUAUAUACUUAAAACAAAUCUCUAGAUUUUACGGUCUGUAUAUAAUAAAUAUAAUAUGUACAUAUAUGAAA